CUGUAAUCCGAGAACUGGAAAAAUAGAAACCCUCAGCAGCAGUCACCACAGUUAAACCGCCGGCGAGAACCUCGGAAAUCACAUCACCGGCAAUAGAGAUGGCUGCCAGGUUGGUUUUGAGCUCACUCCAACGGGCUCCUCAUUUUCCAUCAAAGCCGACUACUGCUUCUCGUCUCUGUUCCACUCCAGAGCUUUCGCCACCGACAUAGCUUCCAAGUCGCCUUCCGAUGCCAACAUUCUCCGAAUCCUUGACAACGAGAUUGAAUAGCAGUACGAUUACGCCCCGCCGCCGCAGAUCGGCCGGGGUAGCUGUGGAUGGCAAUGACGAGGAAUUUCGGCGCUUCUGAAUUGAAGCUACAAUGUUCGACGGGUAAGAACUUGUCCCGAAGCAAGGAGAGGAUAGCUCUGGUGAGGAUUUGCGGCUUUCAUAUAAACUUGCUUGUUAACGUGUCUAAAAUCGACGGUGGCGGUACAUUGGUGUUCGUUUGCUCGGCUUGGCGCCGUGGCCGGUUCGAUUGGAGAUCCAGAAACUCUAUCUGCUUCUCCGUGAUAAGUUGCAAGGAAGGCCUUACACUGGCCCUGAUUUUCGAUCAGGAGUUUGAGUGGCGAGCUUCUGGGUAGGUUUCGACGCUUCUUGGAGGAAAGAGGGGUAAAUUGAUAAGCUUUCGUUUUUCUUGCAUGAAUACAUGAUGAACAAAGACAGGAUUGAACUGAUUAAGUGGCAGCAAAGGCUGAAAUCUUUUGUUGAAAACUAGGGAGCUUGUGUUGUAGUAGUCAUUUGCAUAGAAUUCUUUAAAGUGCUCUUCCAUUUUUGAUGCUUCUGCAAGUUGGGUGCUGGAAUGUGGUUAAUGUGAUAGCAAAAGAAGAGAUCAUGGACAGUAGUUGUGGAAGACAAUGGCUGGUUCCUUGUUCUGUGUGUUGGCAAAUCAGGAACAGUAAAAAACUACACUCAUGGGUUGGGUUGGGAAGCUAGGAGCUCCAUUGUUCCCUCAACUUUGUGAGAUGGGUGGGGAGGGGACUGUCGACUUUUGUACUAUGAAAAGAAAAAAUAUUAGUGAUGUUCCCUCAAAGGUCAAUACUUUUUUCCCUUCUGAAAUCGAGUAUUUGCACUCUUGUCUCUCUCGAUCAAUUGAAAGGGCAUUGGGGUCGCUAGUCAAGGGUCUUUUGCAGUAAUGCCUUGCAUUAUUCGACGUAAUCAGAUCCUAACUGCUUGAUUAUAACAUUAAUCACCCUUACUUUCGCCCCAGAUUAGCUGAAGUGCUCUGCUUUCUUGAUUGGUGAUGGUGAGUGACAACUGACAAAGAGGUGGUGGGAUCCGGGAUGCCGAAAUAAUGAAAGCAUUUGACCUGUUUCCCUCGGCUUCAACUAUGAGGAAAGGAAAGGUAACAGUUCGUUUUGGUAGUGGAAAAGCAGGUCAAUUAUGCAAUAUACCAGUGUAUAUGUUAAAAUGAGAUCUGAAUCCAAAUCUUUCCUUUGAUUUUGUCUCAUGUACUGUAUGGAGAAUGAGACAUUUUCAGUUUUGUCUUUUACCCCGUUUUGGACGUUAGUUCGUUCAAUCGCGGGACAUUAUGAUGGGAAAUGUGAAUGAAAGCUAUCUACACACUAUCAAAGUUUUCAUUUGUGUUCCCGGCUGGUUCUCGGGUGUUGAGAGACCAAUAAGGACUCGACUGGCGGGGGUCUGUUUUCCUCAACUCCAGGUUGUUCUUUGGUUCGAGGCUUCCCACUCCUAGGUCGGAUGCUACGAUCUAGAGUGUAGACCUAAGCAACCUAGCUAGACCUUCCUGAUGGUGGGUGGCGUUCA